AUGCUGUUUCUUAGCGUACAAGAGCUACCUUUCCGUGGGACUGGUUCAACAAAUAUUACGGAUGCUGCGAAAGAUGAAAUCAUAAUUUAUUCUUCUGAACUAUUUAUAGCAAUGUUUUCCUACACCAUCCAAAAAGACCCUGAAUUAAAUAAAAUUAUGAAAUUUAUACCCCAAAAUGCCCAGUAUACAUCACCACAGAUUCAAAACGAAGUAAUAUCCAUUAUGGCAGAUAUGGUGCUUGAACAUAUUUCAGACAAAUAUAAUAAAAGCGAGAUGCCCUUUUUUUGUCUUAAGGCCGAUGAGACAAAAGAUGCUUCAGGUUGUGAAAAUCUGAGCAUAAUAAUUCGCUAUAUUUUUUCUGGAGAAAUCCAAGAAAAUUUAAUAGGAAUCAUUAAUUUAGAGUGUCUUUCUGCUGAAAGCAUUACAGAUUGCAUUUUAAAGCUACUUAAUGAUCUAAAUAUUAAUUCAGCUAAUAUAAUAAGCCAGGCAUAUGAUGGUGCAAACGUUAUGUCUGGCCGAAAUGGAGGAGUGCAAACACUUCUUCAAAAAAAAAUUAAUAAAAAUGUUCCUUUUAUACAUUGCUACAACAACAAGUUGCAUCUUGUGGUUCAAAAUUGGCGUUUUAACGUAUCCUGUAAAUAUACAGGCCACACCCUUAAGAGACUUUUAGACCAGAGAUGGACUGGUCAUUUAGAAACAUCUCGCAUUAUUUAUGAGAAUUUUGAGGCUAUUGGUGAAGUAUUAUUUUACUUUUCUAAUAGAACUCUUAAUUCCGAGGUUUCAAUUCAUGAUUCAGUCGAAGCAUCUGGUCUUUUAUCUCAAUGUAUUAAUAUAAAUUACAUUAUAUUAGCCAUCAUAAUUUAUGAGAUAUUAAUUACAAUAGAUCCACUAAAUAAGUAUCUACAAUCAGUAGAUAGUAAUUUAGUGGAUGCUAAAAAUUGUAUUGAUUCUACUAUCAAUAUAUUAAAAAAUAAAAGAAGUGAUAAUUCUUUUGCUUUGAUUAUGAUUAAGGCUGAAAAACUUUUAUCAAAAUUUAAUCUCACUCCCCAAAAAUUAUCACGGGUACGUAAAACGCCUAAAAAUUUCCAAGAUUUUUUAGUUGAUAGCAAACUAGAAUUCGAUUGUGAAAAAGACUCCAAUUGGAGUUCUUUAAAAAGGAUAUAUUAUAAAUUAUAG